GCCCGUCCACCCGCAGUUCGAUUUCUCAACCUCCUCUACACUCCAUUCUCUAACUCCCUUUUUCUUUUCUUUUCCAUUUUUACCCUCCGUUCCUUUAUCUGUUUUCAAAGACCGUUUUCACCAGAGAUUCAACUCAGUUGAGUUUCCGAUUAUGACCUCUGCUCCGGCAGCGAUCUCCGAGCGAGUCGAACUCGCUAAGCACUGCGCCUCACGUGACUGGUCCAAAGCGAUUCGAGUCCUUGACUCACUUCUCGCUCAUUCUUGCACCAUUCAAGACCUCUGCAAUAGAGCAUUUUGUUACAGCCAAUUAGAGCUUCAUAAACAUGUGAUUAAAGACUGUGAUAAAGCGUUACAGCUCGAUCCUACGCUUAUUCAAGCUUAUAUUCUCAAAGGUCGUGCAUUUUCUUCUUUGGGAAGGAAAUAUGAUGCUCUUAUGGUGUGGGAACAAGGCUCUGAGCAUGCUGUGCGCCAGUCUGCGGAUCUGAAACAGUUACUUGAACUUGAAGAGCUGCUUAAGUUUGCAAAACAAGAGAGAAACCCUGGUUGUGGGAGCCAUGUCACAGAAUCUAAAUCUCCCAUGAUUAUAGCUGAAUCUGCACGGCAUACAAAUGGAAAAUCACAUGAAUUUCCAAAAAGCCAAAAUAAAUUGAGUGAUAUCUCCAGUUCUUGCAGGGAAUCUGGGGAUGCAUCUGAGAUCUGUAGCAAAGUUGGAGAUAAUGGCCAAGUGAUAAUGGGAUUGAGAGAUAAUUCACUUGUAACUAUACCUGAAUGUGGACGUCGUAAUGGAACAUCAAAUGGAAUUUAUACCAAUCAUAAUGAAUUAGGUUAUAUAUCCAAACCAUGCAGCAAGAUGAGAGAAACAUCUAAGAUCUCAUCUACUUCUGGGGAUAAUUUUGGCAUCCAAUUGAGUGAAAAAACUGAAGAGGAUACAAAGGCAGAUAAAAAUGGAAUUUGUGAUGUUCUUGAUAAUAUGAACUGUGAUUCUGAAUCCUCUAGUGUUGUAAACAAUACAUUAGAACUGUCAAGCAAACCAUCUUCAAUAUCUACGAGCUCAGGUGAUUCAAGUGAAAUUCACAUCAAGUUGAGUAAUAAAUCUGAUAUGCCUAAUGAAGCUUGUGAUGAAACCAAGAAAAAUAAAAAAUUCUCUGUUACUAGGAUAUCGAAGACCAAAUCCAUUACAGUUGAUUUUCGACUAUCAAGGGGGAUAGCACAGGUUAAUGAAGGAAAAUAUACUUCUGCUGUAGCAAUCUUUGACCAGAUACUGAGAGAGGAUCCUACUUAUUCCGAGGCCCUAAUAGGUAGAGGGACAGCAAAUGCAUUCCAACGGGAACUUGAAGCUGCUAUUAUUGAUUUCUCAAAGGCUAUUCAAUCAAAUCCAUUAGUUGGCGAGGCGUGGAAGAGAAGAGGACAAGCUCGGGCUGCCUUAGGGGAAUCUGUAGAGGCCAUUCAAGAUUUGACCAAGGCAUUAGAGUUUGAACCUAACUCUGCGGAUAUUUUACAUGAAAGAGGGAUUGUUAAUUUUAAGUUUAAGGAUUUUGAUGCUGCUGUUGAAGAUCUGUCUGCAUGUGUGAAGCUUGAUGAAGAUAACAAGUCUGCCUACACAUAUUUAGGUCUGGCACUAUCAUCAAUUGGCGAAUACAAAAAGGCCGAGGAGGCACAUUUAAAAUCUAUCCAGCUUGAUCGAAGUUUUGUUGAGGGAUUGGCUCAUUUAACUCAGUUCUACCAAGAUUUAGCAAACUCGGCCAAAGCUUUGGAAUGUGUUCAACAAGUUCUCCAAAUUGACCCAAGGUUUGCAAAAGCUUAUCAUUUGCAUGCAUUACUGCUGCAUGGAAUGGGAGAGCACAGGAAAGCUAUCAAGGAAUUAUCACUUGGCUUGAGUAUUGAAAACUCAAACGUAGAGUGCUUAUAUUUACGAGCUUCAUGCUAUCAUGCUAUUGGAGAGUAUGGAGCCGCGGUUAAGGAUUAUGAUGCAGCACUAGAUAUGGAACUAGAUUCGAUGGAGAAGUUUGUACUUCAAUGCUUAGCUUUUUAUCAGAAGGAACUUGCUUUAUAUACGGCUUCCAAAAUUAAUGGUGAAUUUUGUUGGUUUAAUAUAGAUGGGGAUUUUGAUCCUCUCUUCAAGGAAUACUGGUGCAAAAGGUUGCACCCCAAGCAUGUAUGUGAAAAGGUUUAUAGACAACCUCCUCUUCGUGAUUCCUUAAAACGGGGUAAGCUGAAAAAGCAAGAUUUUUCCAUGACAAAGCAAAAGACAGCUCUUUUAAUGGCUGCUGAUUCAAUCGGCAAGAAGAUUCAAUAUGAUUGUCUUGGAUUCUUACCCAACAGGCGCCAGCAUCGUAUGGCAGGAUUAGCUGCUAUUGAAAUUGCACAAAAGGUUUCAAAAGCAUGGCGUUCUCUGCAGGCUGAAUGGAAACAUUCUAAUAAAAGCCUUUCAAAGUAUGGCAAGAGAACUCGCAGAAGAAUUAACAUGCCCAGUCAAAAUAGAGGUGGUGCUGGUUGUAGUACAAGCAGUUUGUUAGAAACGUCAACUUCAUAUGGUGUUACAGAAGAGAAAUUAUCUGGCCGUCAUAUGAUGUCAUGGCAAGACCUUUACUCUUUGGCUGUCAAAUGGAGACAAAUAUCUGAACCAUGUGAUCCAGUUGUCUGGGUUAAUAAGUUAAGCGAGGAGUUCAACACUGGAUUUGGAUCUCACACACCAUUGAUUCUUGGACAAGCAAAAGUUGUCCGAUACUAUCCAAACUUUGAAAGAACAUUUAAUGCUGCAAAGAUGAUCAUGAAAGAUAAGCUGCAGGUGCACAACAAGGCAAAUGAAAUAAUUGAAUUAUCCAAAGAUGAAAAAUUACAAAAUAUUAUGGAUGCAAAAACGUGUUCUGAUCUUUAUAAAGUGAUUGGUGAGGACUUCUGGUUAGCUACAUGGUGCAACAGUAGUGCAAUUGAGGGGAAGCGGCUUGAAGGGACAAGGAUUACCCUAGUGAAGAUGGGUGAGCAUGGAUAUGAUUUUGCAAUUAAAACGCCAUGCACGCCUUCUAGAUGGGAAGAAUUUGAUGCUGAAAUGACAAUGGCUUGGGAAGCUGUAUGCAAUACUUACAGCGGUGAAACUUUCGGGUCAACUGAUUUUGAUGCGCUUGAAAAUGUUAGAGACGCAAUUUUAAGGAUGACAUACUACUGGUAUAAUUUUAUGCCGCUGUCCAGAGGCUCUGCUGUUGUUGGAUUUAUAGUUUUGCUCGGAUUACUUCUUGCUGCUAAUAUGGAGUUUGAGGGGGAAAUACCAAAAGGGAUACAGGUGGAUUGGGAAGCCAUUCUAAAUUUUGAACCGAGCUCCUUUGUCGAUUCCGUUAAGAGUUGGCUGUAUUCAUCUCUCAAGGUCACAACAUCUUGGAAAGAUUAUCCAGAUGUAGCAUCGACUUUUGCAACAACAGGUUCAGUUGUAGCUGCUCUGAGCUCUUACAAUGAUUGAACUCCUGAAUUAUUAGGAGUGCGAAAAGCUUCCGGGGGCAAAGAAUUAUGUUGGAUAUAUGGAUACUUGUUCAAAUUCACACAAGAUGCCCUUGCAUCGAUACUGACUUAACAAUCUUGUAAGCAUGUAUCUCUGUUGUACUAUUAAUAUAUUGUACAUGUUCACAAAUAAUAUAUUUACAAAGUUGUACGCCCUUCUUGUUCUC